GUGUGACCAACCGAACAAAAACCCUACAGUGAAUUUGAGGUUAGAAUUGAGACAUCAAAAUGAAUUUAAACAUUUUUUCGAAAAGUAACAAUUUACUGAGAACCGCCGCCUCUUUGGCGAGGUUCUACAGUGCAAAACCCGCCGAAGAAAUACAGAAAAUGGUCAAUAAUAAUAAAGUUGUGGUUUUCAUGAAAGGGGUCCCGGAGCAGCCCCGUUGUGGAUUUAGCAAUGCGGUGGUGCAGAUUAUGAGGAUGCAUGGGGUUAAAUAUGAAGCGCAUGAUGUUCUAGCUGAUGAGGCUUUACGACAGGGGAUUAAAGAUUUCUCGAACUGGCCUACAAUCCCGCAGGUUUUUAUUAACGGGGAGUUCGUUGGCGGCUGUGAUAUUUUACUUCAAAUGCACAGAUCUGGCGAUUUGAUUGAAGAACUGGAAAAGGUGGGAAUUAAAAGCGCCCUUCUUAUCGAAAAAGAGCAAGAAGAGGAGAAAAAGUCGCCAUAAUUAGCGGAAACUGGAAAACGAUGAUUGUGUUUAAAGGUUAAGACUGCAGUUUUGUUUUUGAGUACUGAUAAUGAGAUAAUACUUGUACAUAGCAGCUUUUUAGUGUGUAUAUUGUUGUUGUAGUAAGUGUUUCACGUACUGAAAGUUAAAUAAAAUUUAUUUUAAAAUCCAAA